AUGUCUCAAGACCCCAAGUCGAAACUCUCCAGCUCUGGCCAGGACUUUACGAAGACUAUUCAUCAUGAUACAUACGACUUCAUCAAGCCAGAGCAGUGGGAUCUGAAGGGCAAGGCGGUGUUGGUCACUGGUGCUUCCAAAGGCGUCGGUCGUGCCGCUGCCAUCAGCUUCGCAAAGGCUGGAGCCUCGUACAUCGCCCUGGGCGCUCGCUCAUCACUUUCAGAAACCGAGCGAGCAGUCCAAGAUGAAGCAAAGCAAGCAGGCCGCCAACCACCCACGGUCCUGUCUUUGACCCUCGACGUCGCCUCCGAGUCCAGCGUCGCUCAAGCAGCCAAAGACCUCGAAGCCUCCUUCGGCCGCCUCGACAUCCUCUGCAACAACGCCGGCUAUCUCGAGAACUUCGCCAAAGUCGCCGAAAGUGACCCUACGGAUUGGUGGCGCGUCUACGAAAUCAACGUCAAGGGCGUCUACCUCUGCGCUCGCGCUUUCAUCCCACUCCUGCUGAAAAGCAAAGACGGGCUGAAGACGGUGCUGAACACCUCCUCCGUCGGCGCGCACGUCGUCAUGCCUGGCGCUUCGGGCUACCAGACGGGUAAACUAGCCGUCGUACGCUUCGGCGAGUUCUUGAUGGCGGAGUACGGGGAGCAAGGACUGUUGUCAUAUGCGAUUCAUCCUGGUGGUGUUGCUACGGAACUCGCGCUGGGGAUGCCGAAGGAUUACCACGCGUUGUUGGGGGAUAAGCCGGAGUUGGCGGGGGAUGCGAUGGUGUGGUUGACGGGAGAGCGGAGGGAGUGGUUGGGGGGGCGGUUUGUGGAUGUUACGUGGGAUAUGGAGGAGUUUUUGGGGAAGAAGGGAAGGGUGGUGGAGGGGGGUUUGUUGAAGGUUAGGUUGGACGUUGGGUUGGAGUAG